GUCAUUUCAAAGUUGGCAUAAUAACAUAUACAUUUGGCGGGUCUUCGAAUUAAAACUUUUGUUUAACCAAGGAUACUAGCAGAAGCAACAUUUUAAACUGCGGGCCGCAAGAGAUGUAUAAAGUUGUUCAGGUGAACGACUUUGUCUUCUGCUUCCAAAAUGAACAUGUAUUUUGACAUUGAAGAGCGUCAGCUGCCCAUUAUAUAUUCAUCGCAUUACAAUAUACACUUCAUGGGAUUGGAAAAGCUGCAUCCUUUUGAUUCUGCUAAGUGGGGCAAAAUUUACCAUUUGUUGGAAGAAGCAAAGCUUUUAUCAAAAGACACUGUUGUAGAGCCCCAUGAAGCGAGUGAUGAUGUUUUAAAGGUGGUUCAUCCAGACACAUACUUAAAAAAACUGAAGUGGAGUGUUAAUGUGGCUCGCAUAACUGAAGUACCUUGUGUGUCGGCUUUACCUAACAAUUUGGUUCAAAGAAAAGUUUUAAGACCUUUUCGUUAUCAAACUGGUGGAACAAUUCUGGCUGGCAAAUUGGCUCUUGAAAAAGGAUGGGCCCUAAAUCUUGGCGGUGGCUUCCAUCACUGCUCUGCUGAACAAGGAGGUGGCUUUUGUGCCUAUGCAGAUAUAACAUUAUCCAUCAAAUUUCUUUUCAAGCAUUUUGACAUCACCAAAGUGAUGAUUGUUGAUCUGGAUGCCCAUCAGGGAAAUGGCCAUGAAAGAGACUUUAUGGGGGAUGAACAAGUUUAUAUUUUAGAUGUAUAUAACAAAGGUAUCUACCCUCAUGAUGAAUAUGCUAAAGGUGCAAUAAAGAAAAAAGUAGAGCUGAGACAUAUGACAGAAGAUGAAGAAUAUUUAGGAAAAGUCUCUAGGAAUCUCUCGGAAGCUUUGGAAGAAUUUAAUCCUCAACUGAUUGUAUACAAUGCUGGAACAGACAUCCUUAAAGGAGAUCCUCUUGGAUGCUUAUCUAUCACGCCUCAGGGGAUUAUACAAAGAGAUGAAAUUGUUUUUCGAGCUGCCGUCACGAGAAAAAUUCCAAUUGUUUUUGUUACAAGCGGUGGAUAUCAGAAAUGCACUGCACGAAUUAUUGCAGAUUCUAUUAUUAAUUUGAAAAAUAAGGGUAUUCUUGUUUAAUUUUAUUUCUCUUGUUAAUGAAUGUAAGUGACAUAACUCAAAUGCAAUUACAUUACCUUUUUAAAAAAUUUAAUAUAUUUUUAAUUUUACAUAAAUAUAUGAAUGAAUUGUACAUAAAACUAAAAACUAAGGGACUGUCUAUAAAUGUUGUCACUUUGCCUCCUCCUACCUUUGUUACACUUCACUUUACACCUUCACCUCGCUACAUUUUAACAUUGGGUAAAAUUCAGAAUUUCAUUCAGCAAAUCGUAUUGUUAUAAAAAAAAAUUUAUUUCAACCAAAAUGUGUGCUGUCACACUUCUUGUUGCACUCUCCUUCUCCUAUGUCCCCAUCUGUCAACUUAACACCCUCCCUUUCUCCCCCAUAAAGCGUGGCAUC